UCAUGAGCAGGGUGAGGACUCGUAUCCGACCUGUGGAGACUUUCAGUGGACUGACCGAGCAUGAGACGCCGGAGAGGUUGAGAGCGCUCGAGAAGGGGUGGCGGGAGAGGAGACGGGUGGUGUUGGAUGAGAUAAGCCCCGGCGAUCGAGGGUUGAACGGAGCAUCGAGUGCGAACGGGCCCAGGAGGAAAUCGAAUGGUAACGAGUGCAAGGCUACGGAGGGCUCUCGUCAGAGCAUCACGCAGCUGCGGAGAGUCACAGAUCAGCCAGAUGGACCCCGUAAGGCUCCCAGCCGUAUCCCCUUGCGAGCGAUACCACACAUACCGGCGUCACCACCAGAUAACCCUCCGGCAAGAAUAUACCUGCCUAUCCUCGCACAUCCACUACCGCCCACAGCAGGCCCUGUAUAUCUCCUUGGUCGACGAGACGAGACUAUCACGAUCCAUUCACCUGGUUCAGCCAUCGAGAUCACGAUUCGACUCAGUCCAAACCGGGAGAUCCGGAUCUCACACCAUGGAACAAGACUAGCUAUGUACCAUCGGAAGGCUUCGUGGACUCUGGGUAAAGAGAUUGAGUUACAGCAUCUCACCAGCGAGGACGCAGCUCAUUGGACCACCGUUGCUGAGAUUGUGGAGCGAUUCAAGCGGCAGACGCCUAGGGUCAAAAUGUGGACAGAUUUUGGAUGUCUGACGAUAACGUGUUCCUCGCCUCCGGAUGUCAUUCUUCAGUACACUCUGGGUAACUGCAAAGUUCGAGCUGUCUACUCUACAGCUGAGCUGCGAAUCGAUACAUCGGCUCGUGGCACAGACGGCACAUUCAAGACGUCUCGAGUGGUGCCGCUGGGCUCGCGACUGUCUGAGAUGCAGGACAAGCCAGCAGCAGCGCUUGGUAUUGAUCCCAGAAUGAUCUCCGCGUGGUCGCCCCCCGAGUUAGAAGCUAUGUACCGUUUGUACAGACUCAGAAACGAAUGGUCGAGAUGGAUGCUGUAGACUGUAUGCCACUUCUUUUUUUUUAAUGAAAUCACUCGUGAC